UGUUUUGUUGUUGAGAGAGGCGGCCCUCGCUCCGCGCGUGUUUCUCUUCGGGUUUCGGGUGUUGCGUAUUUGCUUGGCGAGCAAGGCAUUCUCGCGAGCCACCGAUUUUCGUCGUGCCGCGAGCGAGGGGAGAUCUCCUUGGCGAUCUCGCACCGCCUGCCCGGCAGGCAAAUUGUCUGCGGGUUCCCUCUCCGCGUCGAUGGCGAUGACGAUGGCAGAGCAGCAGGGUGGCGGCAGCGGGAGGACGGGGAGAAAGCGCAGGAGGGCGGACUCCAGGAGAAAGCUCGUCGCCGGCGAUAGAGUGGAGGUAAGGAGCGAGGAAGACGGCCUCCUGGGUUCUUGGCACUCGGCAACGGUCAUCGGAUGCGAGGAUGAAAUACGGGAGGUUCAGUACAAUCGCAUUUUGGAUGAUGAUGGCUCCGGUAAGCUCACUGAAGUUUUGCGCGUUUCGCCGCUCCUUGAUGGUCUAAAUCCUGGCGAUGUUGACCAAAACAGUUGUCGGGGUAAUAUAAGGCCUUCACCUCCGGUUGUGGUAUUUGGUCCAUGGGACCUGCCUUAUGGGCGGUGCGUGGAUGUUUAUUACAAGAACGCUUGGUGGGAGGGAGUCGUUUUUGACCAUGAGGAUGGCGCAGAAAAAAGAAAUGUUUUCUUCCCAGAUUUAGGUGAUGAACAGUUUGCCGCAACUGGGGACAUACGCAUUACUCAGGAUUGGGAUGAGAGCACGUACCAUUGGCGGACUCGUGGGUUCUGGCCAUUUCUUCAGGUGACAGAAUCCCUUGAGGAAGAGUGGCCCCUCCCUGUUUCUGUGAAGCAAAUUUGGUAUGACUUGCGAGAGAAAGGGGGUCUUGACAUGAUGAUGGAUUGGACUUCUCGUGAUGAAUCACUGUGGAAGAAGCUGGUGCUUGAAGUCAUUAAUGAAAAUCUUGAAAUAGUCUUAAGGGAUGUUUUACCCCUUUUGGACUCUGCAGGUGACCUGAUAGAAGAAGACUGUCCCGUUUUCGAGCUACCAGCACCGGCUCUGAACGUUGAAAUGCUUCCCAAGGGAGAUGUGGAUAGACCUCGUUCUAUUCUGCCUGUUGAUGAGCCAUCAGUUGUGGCAAGAGCUGAUCAUGACACUAAUUUGACCGACAUGGUAAAUCGCGUUGUAGAUGAUGUCGAUGAAACUGCUGCCAGAUUUCAUAGCUCAGGCUUCAGUGUUAAACCGGGUCAAGAGGUGCGUGAUCUGGAAAUAAUGGAUUCUUUUAUGGUACAUGGUGUCCCAAUCAUGAAUCCUUCUGAUGAACAAGAUCUGUCUUGGGACAGCAAAGGGCCUUCUGUGUUACCUGAGGCUUUACCCCUUUUACCCUCUAAUCCAGAAAGGAAUUCUUGCAACAGUUUGCGAAUCACCGCUAAAGCUUCUUCUACAACGAACUACAACCAAAACAGUAACACUCUAUCCGAUUCAACCUGCAGAAACUCUGGAAACUGGCUACCUCUUGGUCCUGAUUUGCUUCCAGGAGCUCAGCUCUGCCCCGAUGCAGUUGAUAAUUACGUGAAGAAAGGCGGACAUGGUUCAGAUUCUCUGGUAAUGGAUGUUAGAAAACAUCUUUCAUCUUUGGGGUGGGAAAUGCAGUGCACGAGAAAAGGGGGUCAGCUCAGGGUGAGGUACAUGUCUCCUCAUGGGAAGUGUUACUAUUCUCUUCUGCGAGUCUGCCAGGAUGUAAUGGAGAAGAAUGGAGAGAUUUUAUCACAAACAUCUGAAGAUGCUGACAAGAGUUUGGUCACUUCACCUAGAGAUCUGACAAUGUCUUUACCUUCACAAUAUCAGAACAAUUGUGGGCCUAAUUCUGCUGUCGUAUUUGACGUUCAACCUCUCUACUGUCCUCAAGCUGUUGUUGACUACUACACGUUUCAAGAAGAGAAGGGCGGUCGUAGCUACCGUGACAAUGCUGCAAAUGACCUGAGAGUGAAGGUCAAGAUGCACCUCUCAGCAGUUGGAUGGACAUUCCGUUGGGUGUACAAGGGAGGAAGGUAUCAGAAGCAGUAUGUUUCGCCCAGUGGAAGCUGUCUUUUUUCACUUCGAAUGGCCUGCAAACGUUGCAUAAACGAUAUUGGGCUGCAAAGUGCAAACAACAGCAAGCAAAUGGAAGGUGAGUCACCGAGCAACAAACUUCCGCCUCUAGUAGGCAGUCCAGACAUUCAGAAAACCUUGGUGCCGGAAAACGCCCUUUCUGAAAGGUCGCGUGACGAAAAUACUAGCCGAUUGGAGUUGGGGAAAGUUCGCAACCUCAGUGUUGUCAAUUAUAAAGGGAGUAAAAGAUUCCGAACGAAGAAAGAUCUAGUAAUGCAUUCUGAAUCUCAAACUAGUAGUAGUCUAGGGCAAGUCAGUUCAAAUGCUAUGACAGAGGGAUCAACGAGGUGUUCUGGUUCUUUGUCCGAGUCAGGAGAUGACUUAGAAGCUAGUGAGCCAUCUCCCACUCUAGUGUCGAGAAAGAGAGUUCGGCAUAUGGUUCCCCGGUUGUCACAGCAUCACCCAAAAACUAUAUUGUCCUGGUUGAUGGACAACAAUGUAGUUUUACCAAGAGAAAAGGUAUUCUACCACCGCAGGACGCAUUCGCAUAGUUUAGGUAAUGGGCGUCUAAGACGUGAUGGGAUCAAUUGCAGUUGUUGCGGCGAUGUUUUUACUUUAAACGGUUUCAUUAAUCAUGCUGGAGGUGCCAACAUUACCAACAUGAAGCCAGCUGCCACAAUUUUUCUGGGAGAUGGCAGGUCUCUGUUAGACUGUCAGCUACAGGCAUUUCAUGCUAAAGGCAUGAGUCGCAUCAUGAGACAAACAAGAAGUACAAGGAAGAGUAGUCUUCAUGACAUCCAAAAUGAUUACAUAUGCUCCGUCUGUCAUUAUGGCGGUGAAUUGAUAUUAUGUGACGGGUGCCCAUCGUCUUUUCAUAAGGGUUGCCUUGGUCUAAAGGAUGUACCAGAUGGGGACUGGUUUUGCCCCUCGUGUUGCUGUGCAAUUUGCAACCAAUGCAAGUCCAGAGAAGAUGCUGGUUGUUUUGUGGAUGACCAUGUUUUACGUUGUGACCAAUGCGAGCGUAAAUAUCACAUUGGGUGCCUGAGGACCAGAGGGGUAACUAACUUGGAAAGGGAUCAUAAGAUGAACUGGUUUUGUAGUAAAGAGUGUGAAAAGGUAUAUGUAGGUCUGUCCGAGCUCUUAGAAAAGCCAAGAAGAUUGGGAACUGAUAACUUGACCUGGACAUUGUUAAAGUGUGUAAAGCCUGAUCAUAAUGGUGUCAAUUUUCUCGAUAUUGAAGCUGCUGCAGAAAAUUACAUCAGGCUAAACCUUGCUCUCGAUGUGAUGCAUGAAUGCUUUGAGCCCGUUAAAGAGCCUUACACUAGUAGUGAUCUCAUCGAGGAUCUUAUUUUCAACAGGAGAUCAGAGUUGAAUCGUGUAAACUUCCAAGGAUUUUAUACAGUACUUCUUGAAAAAGAUGAUGAGCUGAUCACCGUGGCAACUGUAAGGAUCUACGGUGGAAAAGUGGCUGAAGUGCCUUUGAUUGGGACGAGGUUCCAGUAUCGUCGGCUUGGAAUGUGUCGCAUUUUAAUGGAUGAGCUUGAAAAGAAGCUGAAGGAAUUAGGAGUGGAAACGCUGGUUCUACCUGCUGUUUCUAGUGUGCUAAACACGUGGACCACUUCGUUUGGAUUCAAGAAGAUGACAGAUAGUGAAAGAUUACAAUAUCUUGGUUACACCUUCUUGGAUUUCCAGGGAACAGUCAUGUGUCAGAAACGUUUAAUUGAUAUCACAUUGGCAGAAUCAAACUUACCCGGAGGGAGCUGGCAUAAUUUUGAAGAUGAUGCAAACCAUCAGUUUGAUGAAGUUGAUUUGGUGGGUUCCAGUGCUGUCUUCGAUAUUCUUCGAGAAGAUACCACCGACGGGAGUGAAACUGUCGCUGAAGGCCAGUUGAGUUGUGCUGUUGUCGCUGUUGUUGACCAUGCUAAAAGCUCCAGCUGGGAAAAAUUUUUGUUGUUGGAUAAUUUUGACGGCGAACAGUGUGGUAUUGAAGCCAGUUCUAAACUGUCCGAUGAGAAUACAUUGGGAGUACAAAGUGGAGAGUACAGUGAUGGAGGAUUGAAGUGUUACCAGAGAAGGAGAAAAUUGGAAAGCAGAAGCUGAAGUCAGCUGGGACUCGGUUAAAUUGUUUAUCCUGUUGAUUGAUUCAGUGUGAAGAUAAAAACGAUGAGUGGAGAGGAUACAAAUUUUGGCGCAGAAAGUGCCAUCCUUUUUCAACAGGAACGACAGAUAGAUGUUGAGGGAUUACUUUCAUUAGUCAUUCCUAUGUAUAACUCAUAGCCCAGAAGUCUGUUGUUUGCUUCUUUUUCUAUUGGGUUUGAAGGGUGGAGGUUUCAUUUUUCACAUUCGAUGCGGUGUAAAGAGUAUGAGCAUUGAUUACUGCCUUUUCUCUGUGUUACAUUGUUUUGACCGACCA